CUGAUCGAUGGCUCACGCGGCUUAUGCGCAUCUUCUGCUCAAUGGCUGACACGUGAAUUGUUUCGUUUUACACGCACGAGGUACCCGAGAAAUGGGACAUUCGUGUGCGAGGGAAGUAAUGCCCACGGCCAGCUUCGAUUUUGAGAUAUAUUAAGCCUGUUUCUUUGUAACGGAAUCUCUCAUCAGGAUUGAUGGUUUUAAUCAUCCGCAACAACCGAAUACUUUCUAGUCGACACCCUAAAUUUAAAAGACUUUUCUCUUAUAUGAACAAAAGUCAACAGAAACAGAGUCACAAAGAGAUUUCUUCUGAUCAAAGUAAAGAUCAAGUGCAACCAGUCAUGAGUUUUGUGGGUGUGCUGAGCAAACUGUUUCUAUACAGCUGUGCGAUGUUUACAUUACCAUUCGCUUCAUUUUUUGGUGUACAACACAUUAUGAACACCGAAUUCCAUGUAGAUAGAUUCGUAACGAAUUGCAUUUCUGUGUCUGCCGCGGUGAUCACAGUCAACUUGAUAAUAGCUUUUUACAUUUAUCAGGCUUUUCAAGAGCCUAACGAUGAGACUAUAACUGAUGAUCACUCUUCUAAGGAGAGUCUGAAUGAAAAAAUUGAUUAGAUGUUAAGUUCUUGUACUGUAUUAAAAAAAACUGAUCAUAUUUAUAUUACAAACGUAUAUUAAUAUUUAGAUA